AUGCAUAUCAAGGAUCUUCUGGCCGAGACCAAAAGGUCGGGCAAGCCCUCCUUUUCCUUCGAAUACUUUCCGCCCAAGACCGCUCAGGGUGUCCAGAACCUGUACGACCGUGUGGACCGCAUGUACAAUUUUGGACCCCAGUUCAUCGAUAUUACCUGGGGUGCCGGAGGCCGCAUUGCCGAGCUCACCUGCGAGAUGGUCCUUCAAGCCCAGGCGGUGUACGGUCUUGAGACCUGUAUGCACUUGACCUGCACUGACAUGGGCAUGGAAAAGGUCAAUGAUGCGCUGCGCAAGGCCUACAAGGCCGGCUGCACCAAUAUUCUUGCUCUCCGCGGCGAUCCCCCUCGUGCUCAAGAGAAGUGGACCGCCACCGAGGACGGCUUUCAAUAUGCCUGCGAUCUUGUUAGACACAUCCGUGCAACCUACGGCGACCACUUCGAUAUCGGUGUUGCCGGUUACCCCGAGGGCUGCGACGACAACGAUAACGAAGAUGAGCUGAUUGAGCAUCUCAAGUACAAAGUCGACCUCGGCGGCACCUUUAUUGUCACCCAGAUGUUUUACGACGUUGAAAACUUCAUCCGCUGGGUAGGCAAGGUCCGCGCCGCCGGCAUCACAGUCCCAAUUCUUCCUGGCAUCAUGCCCAUUGCCACCUACGCCAGCUUCCUCCGCCGAUGCAAGCACACGGGCUGCAAAAUUCCCCAGAGCUGGCUAGACCUCCUAGAACCUGUCAAAAACGACGAUGUCGCCGUCCGUGAGGUGGGCAAAAAGCUGGUUGUCGACAUGUGCCGCAAACUCAUGGCUGCUGACAUCCACCACAUGCAUUUUUACACGAUGAACCUUGCCCAAGCCACCCGCAUGGUUCUCGAGGAGCUCAACUGGACUCCAUCCGCUGAGCGACCUUUGCAGCAGGCCCUGCCUUGGAAACCUUCCAAGGGCUUCGGCCGUCGUGAUGAGGACGUCCGCCCCAUCUUCUGGCGCAACCGUAACAAGUCGUACGUCUUACGUACUCAAGAUUGGGAUGAGUUCCCUAACGGCCGCUGGGGUGACUCCCGGUCUCCCGCUUUUGGCGAGCUCGACGCUUAUGGUAUCGGUCUCACCGGCACAAACGAAGCCAACCGCCUCAAGUGGGGUGAACCCAAGUCGCUCCGUGACAUUGCCAAUACCUUUGUCCGCUACCUCAACCAGGAAAUUGACUCUCUGCCCUGGAGUGAGGCGCCUCUUACCAGCGAAGCCGACUCCAUCAAAUCUGCCUUGAUCGAGCUCAACCAGCGCGGUUUCUUGACCAUCAACUCGCAACCCGCCGUUGAUGGUGUCAAGUCGUCUCACCCUGUCCAUGGUUGGGGACCUGCCAACGGUUACGUCUACCAAAAGGGCUACAUUGAGCUGCUCGUCUCUCCCAAGAUAGUCGACCAGGUGAUUCAACUCGUCAACACCAACCCUUCCCUCACCUACUACGCCGUGACCAAGAAUGGUAACCUAAAGACCAAUGCGCCCUCUGAUGGCCCGAAUGCCGUUACCUGGGGCGUCUUUCCCGGAAAGGAGAUUGUUCAACCAACCAUUGUUGAGAGUAUCAGCUUCCUAGCCUGGCGUGAUGAGGCUUUCCGCCUGGGUGUCGACUGGGCUCACUGCUUCGACGCCAAAUCGCCCAGCCGCGUCCUCGUCGAGAGUGUCAUGGAGAAUUGGUACCUUCUCAAUAUCGUGAACAACGAUUUCCACGAUAAUACCACCAUCUUUGAGCUCUUCAGGGAUCUCAAGGUCGAUGGUCUCGAUACUCCUAUUGCUGUCGAGGCCGAGGCUCCUGUUGCUGCUGAGGCGGAGAAGCCCGCCGCCACGCAGGCUGAGGCCGUCGCAUAG